AUGGAAGGCACCAACGGACAUGCCGUCCGGCCUAAAGUACUAUGCCCCGAGAAACUGUCCGCUGAUGGACUAGCACUGCUUCGUAAGACUCUUGACGUGGAUGAAAAGAAAGGUCUCUCCCCAGAGCAACUCAAGGAGAUCAUCGGCGACUACGAUGCGCUAUUAGUCCGUUCAGAGACCAAAGUCACUGCAGACUUACUUAGUGCCGCCAAAAAGCUCAAGGUCGUUGCUCGUGCUGGCGUAGGUGUUGACAAUGUCGAUGUUCCCGCCGCCACUAAGCUUGGCAUCAUUGUCGUCAACAGUCCCAGUGGCAAUAUUCAAGCCGCUGCAGAACAUACCAUUGCCUUGCUGAUGAGCAUGGCCCGGAAUAUCCCUGAUGGUUGUGCAAGUGUAAAGGAUGGAAAAUGGGAGAGAAGUCGUUUGGUGGGUGUAGAAGUCAAGGGAAAGACUCUAGGGAUAAUCGGUCUGGGAAAAGUUGGUCUGAUCGUUGCACGAAUGGCUCGGGGACUAGGAAUGAAAGUCAUUGCUUCGGAUCCCUAUGCUUCGCAAGCAGUGGCAGCUGCUGCCAACGUCGAGCUUAUUGAGGGAUUACCGAAUCUACUCUCCCAGGUCGACUUCCUGACAAUCCAUACCCCUAUGUUGGCAUCGACCCGCGGCAUGCUUUCGACAGCGGAGUUGAACCAGAUGAAACGUGGCGCCCGCAUCCUCAACGUAGCCCGAGGUGGUAUCGUGGACGAGGAAGGCCUCCUGGUGGCUCUAGAAUCCGGCCAAAUAGCUGGCGCCGCUAUCGAUGUAUUCACAAGCGAACCUCCAAACAAGGUCGCCGACUCAACUGCUGCUAAGCUGGUUGCGCAUCCAAGAUGUAUCGCGACUCCUCACUUGGGAGCUUCAACGGUCGAAGCACAAGAAAAUGUGUCCAUCGACGUAUGCGAACAGGUCCUUCAGAUCUUGGCCGGCGAUCUUCCUCGCAGCGCGGUCAAUGCGCCAAUCAUACUCCCAGCGGAGUACAAGACACUCCAACCAUUCGUCAAAUUGGUCGAGAAGAUGGGCUCAUUAUAUAUUCAGCAUUUCGCCUCUCCCUCACAACCCACGCAGCGAAACCUGAAUACCUUCGACCUGAUAUACGAGGGAGAGAUCGCGCAGAUGACGAGCACCAAACCCCUCUUCGCCGCACUAAUCAAAGGCCUCACCUCGCCCAUCUCCGACACGGAGGGCUUCAACGUCAACAUCGUGAACGCCGAAAUGGUCGCGCGAGAACGCGGCCUGUUCAUCAACGAGCAGAAAUCGCGCGAUCCCAUGACUCAAGCAUACAACAGCAUGGUGACGCUGAUCGCACGCCCACCGAGCCGCGCCCCCUCUCUGAGCAGACACUCCUCCGAAGCCGUCGUGUCCACCUCGGCCGAUGGCGCCGACAACAGAGAACUCAGCACCAAACAACACAUCAUCUCGGGCUACUGCAGCGACAACUCCCCCUUCAUCUCACGCGUCGGCCAAUUCGCAACUUCCUUCGUGCCAGAGGGCUCGCUGCUCAUCUGCCACAACUACGACUCACCGGGCAAGAUUGGCGUCGUCGGCAGUAUUCUCGGCCGCGAGGGCGUCAACAUCAAUUUCAUGAGCGUCGCCCCAGCCACCUUCUCCACCGUCUCGGCGAGCGCGAAGAAAUUGGGCUUCGAUGGAUCCAAGGAAACGCCAACGAAACCGUCGAAUGAGGCACUGAUGAUCCUUGGUGUGGAUGGUGAGAUUGGGGACGAUGUGAAGAAGGAGCUGAUUGCUGAGAAGGGUGUGGUGAAUGUUAGUAGCGUUAUUCUAUGA